AUGGACCAUCUCAGAUAUCCAUCACCACUCUCCACUAAACCCGCUUCUGCGACUUUCCCUCCGACCCAUGGAUCCACACGAACCAAUGAGACCAGCGAACCGCUGCAACCAGACUCCCACCAUGAAAUCGGGGGAACAGAGACACGUCACAGAUCCUCUCAACGAUCUUCAGCCGACUGGCAUCUUGACGGAGGAAAGUCGCAUCACCACCGGCACAAACCGAGCAAGUCGCGCGAAAUCCGCCUUCCACGCCCCAUGAGCCAUCUCGCCUCCUCCGCCAGUGCCCGUGGACUGCUACCCACCUGGUCUGGAAGUCGUGAGAAAGACCGGGAGGAAGAUGGGCUCCUGCGACCUAUCACACGGGAGACGACGCGAUCGCGCUGGGGAUCGGAUUCCACCUCGGGGUUGGGUAGCAGCAGCCGAAGCCGCAAGGGCAGCAUUCUAGAUCCUCCCGAGCAGCAGGGACAACUGGGUCCGAUUCGGAGGCAGGAGAUUCAAUCGAUGGAAGAUUUGGGACAGGUGACGAAGCGAAGGAAACAAGGCGAACAAUACUUGCGCUCCGCUCUCUCCUCCAUUGGGACAUUGGCGACCGACGUCACCCGACGACUCGACUACACCUACUACAACUUGCUUGAGAAAAUCACAGCACUUAACUCGACGAUCGGAUCUUUUCAAGACCUUUCAGAUACGGCGUCAAAUCUCCUUAACGACUUCGAGCGCGAAACCGCUGGGCUCGACCAGGAGACCCGCAAACAGAUCAAUGAUCUACAAGGAUUUCAGCCCCAGAUCCAAAAGGCCGACGCACUAGAGAAACGAAUGAAGGUGGGACGGCAACGAGUCGAGGAUCUCGGCAAACGCCUCGAGAGCGUCCGAGGCGAGAUUGACCGCUGGGACCAACGAGAGUCAGAAUGGCAGUCCCGAGUCAGCCGUCGACUGCGAAUCUUUUGGGCCAUCAUCACCAGUGGCUUGCUCGUACUUGUGUUGGCCCUCGUUGUCCAGAAUUGGCCCGCGUUGCAAUCCCCAGGCCAAUUGCCCGAUCUAAGCGAGAAAUUGAACCAGACCUCUCUCGGCACCCCAUCCGACACCUGGGAGUCCGUUCUGGCUGACUCGGAGGUCACUACUGCUUCAUCCUGGUAUCCGUCCAGUCUGGCGGAUCGUCGACAGAGCCUGGACCUGGCGAACAGCGUUACACCCACAAGUUCUCAAGCCAGCGCCGAUGCUGCAACGACUAAUGAUCCCCUGCGAAUAUUUGAUGAGUUAUAG